UGUCAGAGAGAGACGGGUAGUGAGUUUAUGCCCGGUUACGAGGAGCAUGGCGGCAAGCGUGGAGGUUUUCUAGUUUUACACGUUUUUUGUACGUAUUUUAAAAGUAAUUAUCGUUGAUUUUGAAAAAUUACUCGUGUUGUGUUACGGUUUUAGUGUAAGCGAUAAUUAUGUGACUGUUUGUAUAUCCGAUAUACGCAAAAGUUUGUAAAUAAACAGUAACCCGGGCUUUUACAAUCAUGGCGUCGAAUGACGAAUCUUCGAGUGACGAUGAAAAUAAUAGAUUUUUUAAAAAAGGGUCGGUUUCACGAACAGACGAGUGCAUCACUUGUUGCAAAAAUUUUGAUAGAAGCGUCGAAAAGUGCUCUUGCGAAGUGUCCAACAACCUUAACCAAAAUGGACAAGAAACAAAAACUUUGCCUGAAAAUCCCCCAGUAACGUUAACAAACGGCCAAAUCAAGUCGGAUUUGCCGGAGAACAAUCAUCUUACUUCCAAGGAAAACUCUAGUGAUAGUGAUACAGUGACGAAUCAAAAAUCCAGUGAAGUGAGUUUGACGGAGUCAAUCAAGCCUGAAACGUCCGAUUUUUUACCACACUUCAAGGAAGAGAACGGUGUGACUGAAGUUAACCAAAACUCGUUUGAUAGUGACGAUAAGUCAGUUUCUGAAAACGGCUGUGAUCAAAGUUGCAAUAUUGGUGCUGUGAAUCUUACCAUAGACACUAAUAACGGUUCUCUAAAUCAGGAAACUUCAAAAACCAGUGGCCUUCAGAUAAAUUCAAAUGUUAAUAAUAACGAUAUAUUAAACGACUUAAAUUUAACAAAUGACAGCAAUAAAUUCAAACCAAAGAGCCCUUGUACCCCCGUCAAGACCGAACUACCAGCCAUUGAAGAACAACAUUUCACAAGCCAAGUCAAUUGUUCGCCAAGAAAUGCACGCACGAGAUCCGUCGAAACGGCCACUCUUCCCAAAAAGACCGCCAAAAAACGCGCCCUCUCGGCCGACGCCGACCACAGGGGCGUCAAGCUGCGGAGGCUCGACUUCAACAAGGCCAAACCAAGCGCCACACCGACCAAAAACGAACACAAGGACGACAGAAGCAAGUCCAGAAGACACGAAAGUACAAAAAAGCACGACAAGAGAAGAAGCAGCUCUUCCAGGAGGAAGACCGUCGGCACCCAGACGAGGCCGCGCGAUCUGGCCGUCGAGCCCUCCCUGAUGACCAACGGCAACUACAGCCACCCCCCGGCCGAUACGAACUUGAAGUACCGCCGUUUCUACCACAUCGAGACGCAUUCGAACGGAGGGGCCAAAAUUUUGCGAAUGUACGACGACGAAAUCAAGCAUUUGCGUCAAGAGGAGCAAGUGGAGUUGGCCCAGGAGUUUUUUACUCUCGCUUUUAAGGAAAAUUCGGACGGUCAUGCUGUGUUUGUUAUCGCUGUGGUCCACGGUUCGGCUCGGUAUCUCCCCGAUAUUUUGGAAUACAUGGCCGAGAAAUACCCGAAUUUGACUGUGAAGAACGGCCUUUUGAACAAAAGUUCCGACAUCGAAACGACCACUUUUUCGGAGUAUAACAAGAAUGUUAUCAAGCAUUACGAAAGUGGGACGGUUCGAUACGGUCCUUUGCACCAGAUAAGUAUCGUUGGGACGGCCCAUGAAGAAGUGGGGGGCUAUUUCCCCGACUUGUUGGACAUGCUAGAAGCGAACCAUUUUUUAAAACUUACAAUGCCUUGGGGCCGACUGUCGAUUUGUCGCGACAUGAAACGAACCGAGUCGAACGAUGGCCCAAUUGUCUGGUGCAGACCAGGCGAACAGUUAGUACCAACAGCUGAUUCAAGAACACCAUUAAAAAGAAAACGGACUGGCAUAAACGAACUUAAAAAUCUCCAGUACUUACCGCGCAUGUCUGAAGCGCGAGAACACUUGUUUGAGGACCGCACCAAAGCCCACGCUGACCACGUUGGCGCUGGAUUGGACCGCAAAACCACUGCGGCGGUGGGCAUCCUUAAAGCAAUACACGGGGGGCAAAAUGAAGGACCAAUCAAUCGAAUUACUAAAGACGUUGUGGCUUUUUCCGCCAAAUAUUUCGAUAUUCUCGCGGAAAAACUGCAACUGGAUUUGCACGAACCGCCGAUUUCACAGUGUGUUACUUGGAUCGAAGAUGCCAAACUCAACCAGUUAAGGAGAGAAGGUAUCGAGUAUGCUAGAGUGAAUUUGUACGAUAACGAUAUAUACUUUUUGCCAAGAAAUAUCAUACACCAGUUUCGGACCGUGACGGCGGUGACGAGCAUAGCAUGGCAUGUGCGUCUCCAACAGUAUUACCCCACUUGCGAAACCAAAAACUUCGACGAGAACGAAAUAAACAACAAAGUCUUAAUCAGGAACGACUCCUGCGAGUCGUCGAAAAACAACCACGUGAAGAACGUCCUCAAAGUGAAGCAAAAGCUCGACUUCGAGAAACAAGUAAUCGAGACCGACCACAAAUACAAAUACAAGGACAAAAACCGCUCGAAGGACAAAAUCCGGGACGAAAACAAGGAAAAGCGGGAGAAAGAUCGCGACAAGCACAGCCACAAGUCGCGCGAUAAGGACCGACACGAGCACAAAGACAAGAAAUACGAUAAAGACAAAGACCGCCACCACUACCACAACCACAAAGAACACAAGUCGAAAGACGAAAAGUCGCGUCACCACUCGCAUAAAGACAAGUAUAAGAGCAGUAGCGAGCAUAAGAGUCGCCAUAAAAGUAGUCACUCGCACCACAAAGAUGCGAAGAAAGCCCCGAGUGAGAAAAAUAAUUGCAUCAAAACCUCGGUCUCGAGUAGCACGAGCUCGCUCUCGAGCACGUCGGUGCCGAAAACACCGUCGACGCCCAACAGCAAUGAUAAUACUCCCAUGCAGAGGCUUCUGGGGGACAGUCUCACGUCGCCUUUGAAGCACAAGUCGGAGAAAAAGCCGCAGAAAAUUAUCAAACGUCCACGACUGUCACAAUCAGCCGAUGUCCUCGGCGAUAUUCUGAAAGACAUGAACAAGUGCGACCCGCAUAUAUAACAGUAACUUGUCAUGUUGUGUAUAUAGUUGUAAAUAGUCUGGCGUUAGCUGGGAUGAAGUGUCAUCCGCCUGAAUUCUAAAGAGAGUUGGACGGCUUGUCCAAGUUUUACGAAUCUCGCCUGUUUUAGCCAGGCUUUUGGUAAUUUAUUUAUUUUGUUUCAUCGUGUAGCGCGUACUAGAAAUUAUCGAUCUCAUUUAUUGUGUUUUGCCAUUACUAAUGUAUUCUAGUUAGGCCUUUUUAAAUGUUUUAUUUAUGGUUCUAAUUGUACAUAUGUAUAGGUAGAGAAAUAUGUACAGAUUUUUACGUAGUCAAGACCUUAUAAGCGUUGCUGUAAAAAUUCAAAUAUAUAACAAUGUUAGAGAA